CUUCCAAACCUCACCAACUGUGUCUGCUUCUGUCUCCUUUUCCUCUGUUUUUACUGAAAAAAGGGUCUCUUAAAAGCCGUUUUCUCUCUUCUUCUCCGCUUGUUUCCAAAACAAAAAAGUUCAUCCGGAUUUUCUGGGGAUCGAUCAGGGAAUUCGAGGUUUGUCCAUGAACACAUUCAUGGAUGGAAUUAAAACACAAAAAUCAAAAGAAAAGCAACCCAUGCAAUUGCAAAAGGGACGGCCUUUAACACUCGUACGUGACGAUUGUGACAAGAUCAAUACAAAGUCUGCUACAGAAGAGGCCGUGAAGUUGGCCGCCAUAGCCAUGAGCUUCAACGUACGGCUGAGAUCAUCCGACAUGCCCCCCCACAUGCAAGCGCAUGCCCUGCGAUGCACCAGAUCCCUCCUCGACUCCAGUAAUCCACCAGCAACAGUUGUUCCACCGACAACAAAAGCCAAAACUCGUCCGAACCCAACUCACAUCGCGCGAGCUCUCAAAAAGGAGUUUGACUCGACGUACGGGCCAGCGUGGCACUGUGUGGUGGGAGCGAGUUUCGGAUCGUUCAUGACUCACUCACCAGGUGGGUUCGUCUACUUCUCCAUUGACUCGCUCUCGGUUCUGCUCUUCAAAACAGAGGUCAAAUUGGUCACUCAACUAUAAAAAGAGUUUUAUUUUUGUAUAUGUUUUGGUGACUUUACAGUUACUUUUUAUGGUGUGUUAGGGUAAGAAAAUACUUGAUUUCUGUACUGUUUUAAUUUUUAUGAAUAUAAAUAUUGGUGAGGCCUUUUUAUAGUGAGAAAGAAAGCGUGCCCGUCUGG